UUGCUGCCUUACACAUAAUGUUUGCAAUCUAAUUUUACCUAAAGUAAUCUUAUGUGACAAUCUGCAAACAUGGAUAAAGGUCCUUUUCAAAAUGAUAAGGGCACCCAAAUGAAGUCUUGUUUUUGUAUUUUCCCAUUGUAUAUAGAAGCAGGAUUACUUAGGGAUGGCUUAGCCUCUGGAAGUGGGGGGCCCUCGUUCCUUGGUUGGACGAUUUCCGCUGAAAUCCACAGAGGCUUAUAUCGUCCACAUCAAGUUUUCAAAGAGCCCUUUUUUCCCCCUUUCAUGAGAAAUACCAGAAAACACAAGGUCUGUGAGUGCAGCCUCGCUGAGGUCCUGCUGGUCUGAGACUCCUCCCUGGAUCACAUGUAAGAAGGGGGAAAGGUUCAGGAUGUGCCAUAGCAUCAUGAUAGUGGAUAUUGUAUUCUGUCUGGACGAGUUGAGUGAUUUCUGAAUGGGCAUUGGCACUACCUACAGAUAGACUGGUUAGGCACUCAGCUGCACAAUGGCUGACUGGGACUAUGACUAUCUGAUCAAGCUGCUGGCACUCGGGGACUCAGGGGUGGGGAAGACCACCUUCCUCUACAGGUACACCGACCAGAAGUUCAACCGCAAGUUCACCACCACAGUGGGCAUUGACUUCAGGGAAAAGAGAGUGAUGUACACUGGGAAAGGUGCUGAUGGGACAUCUGAGAGGAACUUCAAAGUCCACAUUCAGCUUUGGGACACGGCGGGACAAGAGAGGUUCCGCAGCCUCACCACAGCUUUCUUCAGGGACGCCAUGGGCUUCCUGCUGAUGUUCGACUUGACCAGUCAGCAAAGUUUCCUAAACGUCAGGAACUGGAUGAGUCAGCUACAGGCCAACGCGUACUGUGAUAGUCCAGACAUCGUGUUGGUGGGCACUAAGGCAGACCUCCGGGAUGUGAGGGACGUUCACGGAAGACAGGCCAGAGACCUGGCAGACAGAUACGGCAUCCCCUAUUUUGAGACGAGUGCAAUGACAGGUGAUGAUGUUGACCAGGCAGUGACCACGCUGCUGGAUCUGGUGAUGAAGAGGAUGGAGCAGAGCACUCCCGGAGGCCCCAGCUCUGAACCCAACGGCAGCCCCAUCAACAGCCAUGAGGUGGAGGAGGCUCCUGUGAGGAGGACGUGUGCCUGCUGAUGUUACCACCAGUAGACACUCUUCUCACGUUUGCCCCAAAUAACAAUAUUUUCAAAAUGCUGCUGUUUCCUAACUUGGGUGCCUGAUAGGUGAGGCCGGGUCUUUUAAGAUCUUAACAUUUUAAUUAAAGAAAAUGUGGGCCCAAUAUUGUUGUGACAAUGCGAAUUCCCCUCUUAAAAAUUGAUGUGUGAUGUUGUUUAUUCACAGUCUGUAAGAAAGGGGAGUACAAGACCCUAGAAACUGUAUAUAGUAAGAAUAUACAGGUAUUGUUAUACAACUGGGAUGUUUUAGAGACACCAGGGGAAAAACAGUCAAUUAUUGUAUUAAAAUGGGUCAUAUCAGAGAGAAAAAAAAAAUGUAUUUGACACAUUGAGGCAUUGAUGGAAGAAUAUGCAGGCACAUAACGUAUAUUUAUCAUGGAGUAUAAUCCAAAAACAUUUAAGACAUGGUUACAUUUCUUAUAUGGAUGAUUGUUUUUGUUAUAACAACCAAGAUAGCUAAGUCAUUUAUAUGAUUUAUGAAUUGUAUACGACAUGUACAUAAGCAGCCAAGCUUUUUUAUGCAUUAUGGAACAUAGUUGCCAUGCAGAUCAAACACAAGUACAAGAAUGUUAAAGGGUUGUUGGAACGAAAACCUGUAUAGUGCUGCGUUUGGAAUAAAGACAUUUUAUGUUUAUGUACAUGUCACUGUCUUGUCGUUUAAAUGUAAUGCACACAAAGAUAACUGCUAAUCUGACUGGAAAUACAAUCCUCGCAGACUUUGUUAGCAUUGUUAUUGUUUACACACAUUCUACACAUUGAUUUUAAUUAAAUAAAGAGAGAAACUUAAAAAUGUCCCGCAUUCAUGUCAGUGGAUUUUUCAAACAAAUCUGUCUAGGACAUUCAUGGAGUCACAAAUAAAUUCCACCACAUUACUUUGGCUGAAGCCAAGAAACAAAAAGUUUGAAAUCAUUGUUGUGCCACAAAAAAUGAUAUUCAACAUCAAAUUCAACACCAUAAAAAGGAAACUCUAUUUCUGUUACAAUAAUACUUGUUGUUAAUUGUCAUUCGGCUUCCUUAAUCCCAAAUCAAUCCUUAUCCAGCCAAACAUUUCCUCUUUGAACACUUCGUCUUUGGUGUAAACAUUUCUUAUGAAGGGUCUACAGAAAAUAUCCUUUAAUGUAGACAUAAAUGACAUCAAUAAAAUUCAGCUAAAGUUCAAACAUUAUCAUCCGAUAUGUGGUUUCAUGUUUGUUACUGCACUGUUAUUCGGAGACGAGACACAAAGGUCAUCUGAAAUGUUUUACUUGCCAAAAUGAGACAGCAAAAGGAACUCUAUGUGUAUGACAGGAUGCCAAGCAAAUGCCUCACAUACUAUAUCUAAAUGAGCACAAAAGCACACAUCUGGAAGUAUGAAUGACUGCGUAGCUCGAUGUUCUAAACCUCAGUCUCAGCCAGGGUUUGCAACCAGGACCACAUUGUAGAGUCAUGAGACGAGUCAUGUGGCCAGCUUUAAACCCCACCCCACCCCCCAUGUCUGCAUCAGUGAAGCAUGACUGGGAACACUGUUUUUGAGAACCCAAGAGUAUCUAGAGUUACAAAAAAUAAAGCUUGUUCAUUUUUAAGUUUAUCUAUAGGUUUUGGUCCCAUGUAAAAUAUAUUAGGGUUCUUUCUUUAGCCUUCGGAAGUAUCUUAUACAAAGACACUGGUGUUAUCCUUGAGGAAUACACCGUCAGGAGUACAAACAAUAGCAAAUAACUACAUUUUUACCCUCAAAACAAUCUUCAAAAAGGUUGUAUAAAAGUAGCCUAAAAGAUUUGAAGGUGCCUCACAUGCAAUGUCAUUUAAAUGGAUCAUGCUCUUUAUACGAGAUGCACUUAAGUCAUAUAACAUUCAUUAAAUUCCUUGUUUUAUGUCACAAAUAUUGGAAUGAUAUGGUACAUGAUGGAUGAUUAACCCCCCUCCAACUAAAGAUAUGUAACAAAUAGUGUAUUUUCCUCUUGAUAUAUAGAUAUAUUUGGAAUAGUGGUAAACUUUAAGUUCCCUUGUUGUUAUUUUUAAAAAACUGUCCAAAAUGAUUUAUUUUUGUAUUUAUAAUUGCCACGCUAGCGCCGCAAUUUAGGUCACAAGAUGGUCUGGUACCCUCUGGAUUAACUUUAAAUGUUCUGCCCAUGUUCUGGCAUUGGUAAGAAUUGUAAAAUUGUGUCUCCAUUUUUCAAUUAUUCAACAGCUUUGUUUUCUGGAGCUGGUUGCAGCUGUUCGUAAAUUCAAACUUAGCCUUUUUGAUCAUUUCAAACACAUGAGCUUCAAACAAGUAUGUAUGUGUUGUCUUACGUAUUAAUAUAAGAUACUACUUCUAUAUACGCUGACACUUAACUGCAGGUGCAGGCUAACUUCAACUGAACCUUGCUAACAAACAUCAGUUUGAAUUAAGGAGUAAAAAAUAUAGUAUUGAAUUUGACACAUCUAAACUGUGUUAAAAUGUAAACUUUAUCAAAUACCUCAAAUUACAAAACGAUAUGCCAGGAAAGUCAGACUUAAGGACCGAAAAACAUGCUAGAUUAGCAUGAUCGGACAUUUGACAAUCUGCAGUGCUAAACUGCAUUAAUAUUACUAGCCUUACUUAAAAACAUACUUAUUUCUGCAUUAUGUUGUCUUGUAUGUAGGCAAUGCAUAUGACAAUAGUCAUACCAACGUUUACACAGGAUUGUCAGUUUUUUGACCCCCUAAAACAUUUAAAAGUAUUUAUUAGCAAAGAUAUUGGGUUUUAAAAGAUACAUAGACCUCGUUUGUUUAAAUUGUACAAAAAAACGUGUAAAAAGCAAAACAAAAUUAGUUUUAUGGGGGGCUACUUUUUUUGGCCUUCUUCCUGAGUUUUUAAACUAGCUAUUAGUUAAUUAGGACAAACUGAGAAAUGAAUUAGAGCUGGAGCAACCUUAGCCCCACUUUGUGACUCUCAUGCAUUGACACAUUCGCUUCAUAGAACUACAAUUGUAAUUGACAGAAAAAUAAAUACCCUGUGAUCUGUAACCCAACAUACUGCCUUUAAGAUAUAUUUUAAAUAUCAUAAAAUAACCUCUAGAAUGGUCCUUGCUCAAUUGGUGCCAAACUCAAAUAAAUGUAUGAAAACGCUGUGUUGGUAAACACCAUUUUGGGUAUUUACUUUUUUGGAAGUUCAAUGACUCAAAUGUUGCCGCUAGUAUGGCUGUGGACUUGCUAAUGGUAGUCUUGUUGGAAGAUAUUUUUAAAUGUCACAUAACCUAAUGUAGGUCAAUACCACUUUCUAAAAUUCUGUAUUCAAAUGACAACGCACUGUCCAUGAAUUUAUGGCUUAUUGUUGGAAUGUCAAAUAACUUU